CCAAAUAGGCCUCACCCACAUUCCCUGGCUGUUUUCCAGCCUGCAGGAACUGAAACAACCCAGUUCAGUGACUGUGAGGACUGAGCAGAGGCUGUUGAAGGGGAGAGAGCAGGGAGCCACUGAGUGAAGAGGGACUCUCUGGCUUCCAGAUGCUAGGCCUCCUGGGGAGCAUGCCCUUUGUGGGCUGGAUCAUAGGUGCUGUGGUGACUGUCCUGUUACUGCUACUGCUGCUGGCCACCUGCCUUUUCCACAGAUCACAGGACCCUGAUGUGGAGAGGAACCAAGUCCGGCGAGCCCAGCCUCGACUCUUCCAUGGCCGGCCCCGGGGUCUCCCGGGAAUCUUUCACCAUCGCCAUCACCAUCACCCUGGCCAUGUGUCUCAGGUGCCCAGUGCAGGCUUCCAUCACCACCACCACCACCACCACCAGCUUCACCGCCAGCAUCACCAUUUCCACAAUUCUCCUCACCACCACAACCACCGCCACCACCACCAUGCUCACAGAGCUCACCCCUGAGGCCUGUGGAUGGAAGCUACCUGGACCCUGUUGCUUCCAUGGAAAAGGAUGUGUCUUAGGGUAAAUGGGGUUCUGGGAAAUCCUGCUUGAGUUUCACUUGUAUAGCGUGUCCCUCCCCCACCAUGUAACAGACCCAAGGACCACCAGGGGUGACCCUACAGACCGUACAGGCUUGGGAUUGGAGAACAAGGCUGACUGGACACUCCACCUUGUGGCUGUAAAUCUGGAGUCCCUGGAAGUGACAAGGGUGUCUGGCAGAACCAGAGCACAGGUGGAUAUGAAACACUCAUCUGACUUUUCCCUGUGGAAGCUGGAGAGGUCUUGCAAGGCCCUUUCUGAUGCACAAUAUGGUAUGGGGCUACACAGGUGCUUGGCUAGAGGAAAUAAAAGCCAGCAGAAAGCUUUUGUAAA